AUGGGAUUUCUCACAACUGCGCUCAAAUGCGUUACAAUCGUUCCUGCCGUUACCGAAGUAGUCGAAGGCACAUUGAACGCUAUCGAGCGAAUGCGAUCGGUAAGAGAAAACAUACUUUGAUUAGUGAACUUGAUUCAUGUGUUUCAGAAUGCGCCAAAGGCUAGAAAUGACGCAUUGAAGAAGUGCAAGGAGGAGAAUGAGAGGGCGCAUGCGAAAGCAGCGGAGGAAUUGAAUACAAGUUCGUUUCGAGUGCAGCAAUGAGUAAAGUCUAAAACUAUCUCACUGAUUAACUAACUUCAGUGUACAAAACCUUCGAGGAUGAGGCAAACAAAAGCGAGAAUGCCGCUGAGAAACGGUUCCAGCAGCAAAAAGUUGAAAAUGAAAAGGCUUUGGAGUAGGCUUGCCCUCCUCCUGCUUCCAGUUUACAAACAAGUUUUAUUAAGGAAAUUGAUAAAGCAGAUGAAAGAUGACGAAGAUGCGUACGAUGAGAAUGUGAAGAAAAUGAAUGAAGCCCACGAUCGAAAAAUGCAAGAGCUCCGAUCGGAUUCGAAAGAAGCCAGAGAAAAAGCGGAACGGGAGCACAGAGGAAACAUGGAUAAGCUCGAAAGAGAGCACAAAGAGGAGAAGAACAAGGCGCAGGCUAAGUUGGACAAUACCAAGAAAGAAGGAGAGCUGAAGAUUGAGAAAGCCGAAAAGGAGAAGGAGGCGGUUCAUGAGGAUCGGAUGAAGGCGCUGACAGUUUAUAAAGAGGAGAUGGCCAAGUUGAUGGAACUGAAUGAGAAGCAACUGAAGGCAAUUCGUGAUGAGACUAUGCAGAUGAAGAAGGAUAAUAUUGCGGAGAGAAGGUGAAUUCACAAUACUCUUUGAGAUCCUCAUGAUUUCCUUUCAGACAGCAUCUCAAGUUGGAGCACGAAGAAACGAUCAAACAAAUUCGGGAGCGAACUGAAGAUCUGCUUCAGCAUAUUCAUGUGGAACACUCUAAGGAUGUCAUCCGAAUGUUUCAAUCUAUUUCGGAACCGCUUAUUGAGACUCAUAAGUCGUUGAUGACCGUUCAACAACUUGUUAGUACCUCAAGAUAAUCGAACUUUACAUUAUGUAUUCAGUGUCACGUGAAUGACGAAUCAACCCUGUCCAUCCCUAUCGGAACGCUUGACCCAGAUGUUUCGUUGAUUCGGCAGCAUAAGAGCAUUUACCAGAACCGUGUUACUCGUUAUCGGCAGUACGUGCUUCACUGUCAUCAGGCUCAUCCGGAAAUUCGGCAUCAUUGUGCGGUAAGUUCAGUGGGAUAGAUCUUCGUUUGUACCAGACUUUCCGGUUUCUAACUUGCCGAAUCAAUCCGCACCAGAGUUGAGCUGAAGAACUCAAUGGAAGAACACGGAAGAAUUUUUAUCUUUUUUAGAAAAUUUUUUCAUGGAAUGUGAUCAACUGACGAAAUGUAUAGCAAAGUGAUCUCUGCUCAUAGAAAAAUAUUUGUAAAUUUAACUUUUCAUACAAAAAAGUUAUUCGAGUUGUUCCGUGAAAAAAGGAGGGCUAACGGGGAAGACGGAAGGACAUUUUCACGGAACAACUAGAACAACUUUUUUGUAUGAAAAUUUAAAUUUACAAUUAUUUUUCUCAGAGCAGAGUUCACUUUGCUAUACAUUUUGUCAGUUUAUCACAUUCCAUGAAAAAAUUGUAUAAAAAAGAUAAAAAUUCUUCCGUGUUCUUCCGUUGAGUUUUUCCGCUCAACUCUGAUCCGCACCCUUUCACAGGAAUUCAUUAAAAAAAUGGACAAGGUGAUGAAUAGCAUGGAGUUGAACGCAAUGUGCACAACCCUCUUGCCAGCCAUUGACAACGACGACAAGCCGAAAAUCGUCAAAUUUGGAAAGGCGGCUUUUCAGUUGAAUGCCGACAUUUCGCUGACCAGAGCAAUUCUGGACGAAGGGUUAAAUCGAAUCACUGAAGAACAUCUUGCGAUGCAACCUGCCACCAACCCGAAUCAGUUAAGUAGACAAUGA